GCCAUUUUGGUGGGGCCGGGAAUUAUCCAGCGGGAGCGGCGGAGCUCGCUGGGCCCGGCUCGGAGGCAGCGGCGAGCGGGUGCCGGCUGCGGAGAUGGCCAACAUCGCGGUGCAGAGGAUCAAGCGGGAGUUCAAGGAGGUGUUGAAGAGCGAGGAGACGAGCAAAAAUCAAAUUAAAGUAGAUCUUGUAGAUGAGAAUUUUACAGAAUUAAGAGGAGAAAUAGCAGGACCUCCGGACACACCAUAUGAAGGAGGGAGAUAUCAACUAGAGAUAAAAAUCCCAGAAACAUAUCCCUUCAAUCCUCCUAAGGUGCGGUUUAUUACCAAAAUAUGGCAUCCUAACAUUAGCUCGGUCACUGGGGCCAUUUGUUUGGAUAUCCUGAAAGAUCAAUGGGCAGCAGCAAUGACUCUAAGGACAGUGUUGUUAUCAUUGCAAGCACUGUUGGCAGCUGCAGAACCAGACGAUCCACAAGAUGCAGUAGUGGCAAAUCAGUACAAACAAAACCCAGAAAUGUUCAAACAGACAGCUCGACUUUGGGCACAUGUGUAUGCUGGAGCACCAGUGUCUAGUCCAGAAUACACCAAAAAGAUAGAAAACCUUUGUGCUAUGGGCUUUGAUAGGAAUGCAGUAAUAGUGGCCUUGUCUUCAAAAUCAUGGGAUGUAGAGACUGCAACAGAAUUACUUCUGAGUAACUGAGCCAUUUAAAGAGCUGCUUCUGUAGUCCAGCUUUCCCUUUCUGAGGAGCAUCACCAUCUGUUAUUUUUAGGAUUCUAUAUAGAUUCUCUUUUAAAACUGGCACUCUUGCCUGACGAUGCUAUCUAAGCACUAUUGGAGACUGAAAAACCGCUCUGUAAAUAAAGCUAAUUAAACGUCUGUGUAAAUUUAAAAGGGGAAAUACUUUAAUUUUUUCUUACUAAAUAUUGUAAAAAUUCUUUGAGCUCAGCUAAAACAAUGUGGGGGAAACAUGCCUACUUUAGUGUUUAGCAGUGUGACCAAGCCUAGCAGGAAUUUGCUUCAGGAUUUUGAUUUAAUUAUUCAGAUAACAUUUUUGAGUGUCAAAGUCAUCAAAAUUGUUGGUGUCACUCAUCACAGCUAUCUUACUGUUUUUAACAUGGAUCCUAUGUGCCUGUGGAUUGACCUAUAUUUGCAUGCUUGUACUUUACUAGAUAUUUUAGAUAGGGUAGCUGAAGAGAGCACCAUUUAAGUACUUGAAUGUUCUUGUUAACUUUUUUCCUGAAAGCCGUUUCAAGAUUUACCCAAAGUUCAAAAUGGUGACCUGUUCAGAACUUUCUUAGUCAGGUGACUGGGAAAUCUGCUUAUCUGUCCUCCCCAACGACACAAACCUAAAAUACCAUUCUGGAUUCCUUUCCAUAAUCUGUGGGUCUGGGUGCCCUUACUAGUAGCUUAGUUACCACUUUAAAUGGUAUAUUUUGAAUAACCAGUAAAUGUGUUUAACCAUCAUACUUGCUACACAAUCAUAUAUAAAGGUUUGGUAUGUUCGGACAUAGCACAAAAAAGUGGCGCUGCUUUUUUUUUGGGGGGGAGGAGGGGGAUGUUGAAGUCAGAACUCCAAUAAAUUUGGAUAAUAUGAAUUCACUGGAUUUGGGGGAAGAACUGAUUCUCUGGUAUACUGAGAAUUUAAGGAAAAAAAAUUCAAUUUUUUUUUUUUGAGUACUUGCUAUGAUGCAAUCAGCUGUUUUCUGCAACAGCUUUCUAGCUUUAUUUUGAACUUCAGUAUAAGGAUUGCUUACCGGGUACUUUAAAAAUUCACUCUUUGCAUUUUUCCCUAGUUGAUACAUGGAGGCUGUGUUGGUAUUUUUACUGUACAUACUUCAAAUGCACAUAGAAGUAGAAGUGUGUUCUCAGUUUAACUUUCUUUUGGGUUGAUGUUUCUGAUAAACGAAAACUGAAAUUACCAUCGCGUGUAUAUACUCAGUCUUUCUAUUCGUAUUAAAAUUACAUUUCAUCCUGA